AUGGGAUCAGGACACAGUUCACCUGAGGUAAUAAACAAUACGCGGGCUUCAAAAGAUGUUAAUGAAAAGUAUGCUUUGAAUGUAAUGAUUAGACCGAUUGAAAAAGAGUUGGAGCAGAUUGAAGAAGUUGGGAAUGCCCCAGAGGAAAAUAAUGAAUACAUAGGAGGUAAAGAAAAAUACAAGGGCAGGGAGGAGGAGAACAAAGAUAUAAUAAAAAGAGCAGUUACAAAGAAAAAAAUAGACUAUUCUGAUAAUCAUUACUAUAGAAAAUAUCAACCUGCUUUCAACAGUAGGGUGACGACUAAAAAAACCAGCAGCAACACCAAUAGUGGUACUAUUAUUCGGGGUAAAAUGGUUCGUCGUAGUGCACCUGUUGAUAAUAGUCGCAGCAAUCUCAGUGUUUCUAAUCGUAAUCGCUUUCGUAUUAUUCAUGAUGAUGAUGACGAAGACAUUGAUAGUGAUAAUAAGGAGGAAAAGGUAGAUAGUAAUAAUCAGGGAGAUGAUAAUAGCGUUAAAAAGAAUGUAAAAAGAAAAAGAAAAAAUGAUGAUAACAAAAAAUCUACACCACCACAUGAAUCAGUGAAUUCUAAUUCUGAUGGAAAUGUGAAUCAAUGGAAUAUAAUUGUUGCUCAUUGGAGAGAUGAAGCAAAUCAAGAAAACCAAUUAGAAAAUCAUAGUGAUGAAAGUUUACUUGAAGAAGAUUUGAUAAUGAUUUUUUGGUGGAAAUAA